CCGCAUUCCGCCCCACCCCUUGCAAACAUCAUCAUCAUACCUACCAGCGUAGCGAAAUCAGGAAGCGCCGACACGCGCCGUUGUUUUAUUUUUCUACUUGUGUGAAAACACGUUUUGAUGAGAGCAGCGUUUGGAAAAAGAAAUAAAGGGCUGACAUAUUCCAUGUUGACGACCUCUGACAGGACUGGUACUGACAGCGAGGCUCAGCUGUGGAUGCUGUUGACAGUGUAACCGGAGAGAAGGCCUCUGUCAGCAUCAUGGGGCAACGUCAUGGAAAGCAAGAGUCACCAACAGACACCAAGGCCUUAUCACCUGAGACCAACGAUGAGAGAAGACCACCAGCACCAACAGCAACCACAUUAGCAGAAGAGCCACAAGAAGAAACACGAGAUGAAGUUUUCGGAACGGGUGAGACAGAUACAAACAAGAACAAUGGCUGCAUCUCGGAGAAGCCGGCGGUGACUGACUCCACAGGCGCUGAGGGCCCCCGCUCAGCCUGGACCUCGGCCAGCACAGCUGACCCUGACGCUGCCACACCGCGCCCCCAUCUGGCCCGCCUUUUCUCCCGAGAUGCCCCGGGCCGAGAGGACAACACCUUCAAAGAGCGACCCUCUGAAUCGGACGAGCUGCAGACUAUCCAGGAGCACAGCGGAGCGGCUUCAGAGUGCGGGUCGGAGAGCCCCGAGCAGGACCUAGACUAAGCUAGCCUUUCCUCCUUCCCUCUUCCAUCUCACUUCCAUCUUCUUUGCGCUCUCAUUCCAAAGAGAGACGUAAACCCACACUUUUGACAACUUAACCACUAAUUACGACUCUCCCAAGUAUGGCAUCCGCAAGCAGCGCUGCACAGGCCACCUUUGGGUUAGGCCGCAGAAAGAAGAACACCACCGUUCUGGAUCAGCUUGGAAAAUUCUUUGGAGCGGACAAAAAGAAGAAGAGCAAGGUGAGAGGGGAUGGGAGUGUUUCAGUUUAUUCAAUCAAUUAUCUUCCAGAACUACAAUUUUUCUGGCGCUUUAACAAAUCGGUACAAAGAUAAUCCUCCGGACAGGCUUGAGUGUUUCCGUUCAAUUUCACAGUCAAUUGUUGUCUUUGGGUUGUCAAUUUUCAGAAAAAUAACUUUGGCUGGGGUUGUAAUGCUUUUGCUGUUAUCAUCACAAAGGUUGUGAUUUUGAAUCAUUUAAAGAUAUCUAUAUGUUCUAGUGCUUCUGUUUGGAUGGUACUAAAAUUUGUAGUAUUAUCAUUUGUAUUAGUUAAUAUUGUACAGGUGAUAUAAUUAAAAUACGUUUUUUUUGUUAAACUUUUUAUGAUUUAGAUUCAAGCGCAAACGUAUUAUUUAGGAUGCCCCAAAAUGGAUAUGAAAGAUUAAACUUUUUGCCAAUAUCAUUUGUAAUCUGCCAUAUUGUAUAUUUUAUCUUUGACCCUUAGUAACAUUUGCUGGUAAUAUAUUACAUAUAACUGAGCAGCAUAUUGUUACAGUCCAGUACAAGCAAAUCACCAAAUGUAUUCAUUCAUUCAUCCUCUAAACCGCUUAUCCUCACAAGGGCCGCGGGCGUGCUGGCGUGCUGCCUAUACUAGCAGCAUCACCAAAUUAAGUUGACGGAAAUGACUUUUCUUUGAGUUCAGGAUGUAAUUAAAAAAAAAAAAAAACACAAAAUAUGGUGAAACAUUGUUUUAUCAAACGGUAAUUGUGCUAUUCUAAAACGGUUAGAUUCAGAAGUAAAUGGAUAAUGGCAGCAUUGGGAUGAUUUGCGUUUGUGCACCAACACAAUGAAACUAAACCAGUCAAAACAUAAUUAAAUUAUACAUUUUCAUAUUUUUUUCUUUAUUCAAGAAGUUUGCUAUUUACUAUUUAUGAAUUAUAGUCAUUUUAUGCAGUUCACCUCCAAUUUGGGACUUCACAUCAGCUAAGGGUAUUCAGGUUAGUUUAUCAUUUAUUAUACUCAUUAACUUUUGCCCAACAGUUCUGAUGUUUGGGAUUUGAAUGUCAGUUAGAAGAUCGCCCUCCUCCCACGUAAAAAAAAACCCCCAAAGUUUGGUAAAUUGUCCUCAGGUGGUUGUUUGAUUUCGUAAAAUCCUAUCCUUUUCCUUUCGGGCUGUCCCAUUAGGCGUCUCUUUUUCCAUAAUUACAAACUAAUUGAAUGAAAAACAGCCACUAACUUAUUUUUCAUGUGUGGUUGAUUUGCCCUCUUACUUCUUUGCCUAUCAUAUCCAUGAAAUAUUGUACGUACUGAAAACUGUAAACAGAGAAUGGAAAGGCAAAAAUAGUCAAACAAAAAAAAACGUUAUCCACAUACGUCUGUAUCUAACUGUAUUGUUGGACAAAAUUUCAAUCUUGUGUUGUCAGAAUCCCAUUAACUAAGCUCAGUUUUAUUGUUUUGGGGCAUAUCAUUGGGCAAAAAGCAAAAGUAUGUUUGGCUUAGUGGUUAUGAAACCACAGCUGUGAUACACUGCAGCUGAAUCCAAAGCAAGCCUCUUGUAGUUUUGCCAGAAAGAGGACGCAGGUUGGCUCUAUGUAAUUUGACAUUGUUCGUUAACACUUUUUGAUUAAACACUUUAUCAGGAAUAAAUUGUGCCACAAACUGUUUUGCAUUUCUGUUGAUCACACUUUUUUUUUUCCUCUAUUGAUAAAAUCAUAAGCUUGCCAAGGAAUAUGUUAACGAACCAAAUUGUGGACUUUUAUAUUAGGUGAUAUUAUUUCUUCUGCAAUAUUUGAUCAUUUUUUCUGUGUAAGUUGCUUGUAAUAAUUUAAAGAGUUUACGUUAAAAUAUAUAUGUAUAUAGAAAUAUAAAACAGUACUAUGUUUAUGUACACGCCAAGGGUUUGCCUUCAUAUAUUUAAUGUUCAUGUCUGAAGUAUCUAAGAUGCAAUUGGCCCACCACCUUUGUUGCCUCAAGCCAAAAGGAACCAGCACUUUCUGCUGUAGACGCUUUUCAUUCACAACAAUUCAGCAUAAAGAUAUUUUUAUACAGGUAUUACUACUGCACAAAUACAUUAAAUCAGACUUAGCACCUGUAUACAUAAUAUAUGACUGUCUAGGUGUUUGCUUGAGUUUUAAAUAUCCGUGUAUUUAAUGACAAAUUUUCAGGUAUGAAAAUACGUCCAAAUUAUCUUUUAUUUCAACGGGUUUGCAACUUCCGCCUGCUCUGUAUGGCCACGUUCCGUGCAUCCUAAGCUAAGAAAAUAUGGCCUCUUGUCAGCUGCAGGAAAAUGUUUCAUUUUAAUUCCAAAAUGUGUCCAGUGGAAGAGCCAUUUUCCACAUGAAUAUUAGUGGUUUGAGCAAAAGAGCUGACAUUCACAUAAAAACGAGAAAAUGUAUUAUAACCCAUGUGUCUUGGAUGGAGGAGGGAGCAGGAACACACUCUCCCUUCAACAUCAGUCGCUAGCCUCAGGUUCAUGUCUUUGACCUCCAAGUGUCAACUUUACAGUGGAUACUUGUACUGUAUUUGUUUGCUGUGAACUCUUUGCUGUGACCAGUGAACUGUUCCUAGCCUGAUCCCUGUUCUCAGCUUUUUGUAUUAUUGCUUAAUUAAAAAUCUUUAACACCUUU